AAGAGUGGGGUUGUAGUCGAAGAAUAAACGAAAAAAACGAAACGAAAUCAAUAUAUUUUGCAGUACAUAAAAUCAAAUCUAUAUAUUACAAUACAACUUGAUUUAAUGGAAUUGAAGAGAACUAUUAUCAAAGUAAAUUAGUAAACUUCCGUUGUUAAUUACUGUUUUAUUGUUUGUUUGAGCGUCUACAAAUUUGAAUAUCUACAAAGUAGUAUACAAGCACGAAAGGAAAAUGGCGAGGGAAGAACAUGGUCCUGAAUUCGAUGAUCGCUUGAUAAAGUUGGUCAGGAAGAACUCUGCAAUAUAUGAUGUGUGCCAUCCUCAUUAUCGGCGGACACCAGUUCGUAUGGCAAUAUGGGAUAAUAUUGCUAAAGAGCUGGGGGCUCCAUCACGUUUCUUGCAGACCAAGUGGAAGAAUAUACGCUACAAUUAUCUGCAGGAACAGAAAUGUUUGGAGACGGGAACUAUCAACACAAAUAUAAGAAAAAGGCGUUUUACAGAAGACUUGUCAUUUCUCAAAUAUACAGCCUAUCGCAGAGAUGGUGCCAAUGCUUCUGCUGUGGGCAAUGCAAAAUGGACAUAUAAUGGCUCAGACAACGAUUCCAAUAGUUUUAUGUAUCCUGAUAAUUUAUUAACAGCAGUAUCCAGUACCUAUGAAGUAAUUGAACUAGAUCAAAGCGAUGACGAGGGUAACGGAGACUACAUGACAGAUGUGUCAGCUUUUCUUGCCCCCAUGAAGGAUACUGCAGACGAUUGUCCCGAAGAUCCCUAUGCACAGCCAGAUAACUUUGAUGAUUCGCGAACAGCGAAAAGUCCCACACCAACAACAACCACAGAUGGGAAUCCGAAACAAAGUCGUAACCGCAAUGCGAAGAUAUCACCAAGCCAUAAUACAAAACAAAAUAAAAGUGGAUCUAAUACACCAGAUUCCCACAGAUCAUCGCCGCUUCUUACUCCUUUGAAUUCCACAAACAAUCACAAUGGUGGAACGACAACAGUUAAAAAUGGCGAAACACACAAUUUGGCGAAUGGGAGUACGCCAACAUUAUCGGAAAUUACAAUACAACCGUUGUCGGCGCCAACGUCAUCUACUUCUUCGAGUAAAAAGCGUCCAUCUACUGUUCCGCCCGAAGAAAUUAUGACAAAUGCAGCCAAGAGAAAAGCUACACCCACGCUGCAGCCAAUUAACGAUCCCAUUGAAUUAUAUUGCCUAUCCUUAGUCGACUGUUUGCGAGCCAUGUCAAGAUCCGAACGUGAACGAGUUAAAUUUGAAUUUUCAAAAAUACUCAAGGAUGCUCAAUACAUCGAUCAAGCAUAAAACUAAGCCUAAUUUUAAGUUCUAUACAAACUUUUUUUACCAGUAUUUUGAUGUCAUUAAUUUAGCAAAAUGUACUUGUAGCAAGUAUAGCCAUUCUUUUUUUUUUGCAAAAGUAUCACGAAGCGCAUUGAUUGAACUUUAAAUGUUUGUAUUUACAGUUAAUCAUAAAUUCCACACAUCACUUAGCAUUCUCGUUCGUUUUUUUACUACCAUAUACACAUAAAACUAUGUUCUAUUUAUUUAAUGUAAAUGUAACUUUAUCGUAAACAUCA